AGAUUUUAUAAAAUGUAUAUCUACUCAGAAAUAAUAGUUGCUGAUUUGAUUUGUUAGUCGGAAAACAAGUCCUUUUAAUAUUUUUACCAGUAACCAAUCAGGAACGUUUAAUACUGCCACGUUGCCAAGUAUCCGGUUGUAUUCGACCAAUCGCAGAUUCAGUAUUCAGUUGAAGCGGCAUCUCUCCGUGGCUUGUGUAAACGUGAAGUAGCAAGCAGCUCACGAUCUGGUCGCGGUCGAAAUUUGUCGGGAACCGUCGCCAUGUUUAGAAGUGUGUGCGUCCUUGAGCGAGUCGAGCGACGAUGUUCUGUAAAAUAUUAGAUAUAGCUCAUGCACUGUAUAUUACGUGAAGUACCUAAUUACAAUUUAAUGCUCGUCGAUCACGAGUGUAACAAUUAUUUUCGUGGAUGGCUCACCUACAUUGCAGAAUUUUGUGAUUACAGUAUGUGUAAUGUGUAAUGAGUGAUAAGCAGACUGCACCUAUUUUACCGCCCCUUAAUGGGGGUGGAGGAAGCAAUGGAAGCACAACUCAACAAACAGUUAAUCUGCAACAAGUUCUUGCUACUGCUCAAGGACUCAAUGUUCUUACCACAGGUACUGGACAACAAUUUGUUAUUACUUCACAGGUUCCUGGUCUUACACAGGUUAUUCCAAGUAAUGCAUCAACAAAUGCAAAUAUUCAACAAAUCGGUGUUAAUAUUAGUAGAAUUGUUAAUAUUAGUGGUACACCACCACGUGCAAGUAGUGUGGGAGUUGCAGGUGUUAGUAGUUCACCUCUCACAUCUCCUACCCGUCAAAGUUCACCUAAAGUUGUUUUAGCAACAUCUCCAAAACUUGUUCGUACUUCUAUUAGAAAUAUGUUUGUUGCACCAACUUCUCAAGCUUCAUUGCAGUCACCACCUGCAAGAAAGAAAUUGAAGUUAGCAGAUUCCACUGAAAAAUCUACUAUGAUUGCUGAUGAUACAAUGGGUUAUAGAAGGAGAAUUAUGGAACAUAAAAUGAAAAGAAUGCGUGCAAUAAGAGAAAAAUAUGCUGAAAAUGCAUCAGAACUAUUCUUUCUACAUGCUGGAGGCAAUAUGAUGGAUUUUCAAACAUGGAGAAAGAAACCUCCAACACCUCAAUACUUGCAUUUUUUACGGCAACAUAGAUUAGAUCCAGAUGAUGAUGAUGAAGAUUUAACAGCUCCACUGCCAGCAAUAUCAGAAAUUCCAUUAACACCAACUACAACUACUGUUUCUACAAUAGUUCCUGUGAAUCAAUGUACAGAAGUAAAAAUUUCUGGAAUCAAUGUUGCUCCAGUUGCAGUAUCUACAACAUUGCCUGCUGCAGUAGCCCAACUUAAUCAACAAGGACAUGUACCAGGUAGGCCUCAAGGGGGCCGCCAUGGCAUGGUGUUUGCCUUCAGACCAGCAAUUCAGUCUUCACCAGUCACCGCUCAUCCUCCACCUACUUCUACUCUAGCACCCACGCUCAUUAUAGGUAAUGCACCAAUAGUUCCAAGUUCACCAAAAUCUGUAACAACAACCGUUCCAAGUUCAGUGAUAGAUAAAUCUACAAUAACUACAUCUAUUACAACAACUAUUACUACAAUGACUACUUCUACUGUUACCUUUACUGGAGCUACUACUACAAUUGCUGUUACUACUACCACAAAAACAUCUUCUACACCUACUACACCUGUUCAACCUGUUGUCAAACUUGUUAAAUUACCUGCUUCUAAUGCGACAUCAUGUGAUAUCACAAAUAACCAAGAACAAAUAGUAGAAAAAGCUAAACAAGAAGCAUAUGUCAUGCAAAGGAUUGCGGAAUUACAACGUGAAGGAUUAUGGUCAGAAAGAAGAUUACCUAAGGUACAAGAACCACCUCGUACAAAAGCUCACUGGGACUAUUUAUUGGAAGAAAUGGUUUGGUUAGCUGCUGACUUUGCUCAAGAACGAAAGUGGAAAAAAGCUGCAGCAAAAAAAUGUGCGCGUAUGGUACAAAAAUAUUUUCAGGAGAAAGCAAUUCAAGCACAAAAAGCUGAAAAAUCACAAGAACUUAGGUUAAAAAAGAUUGCUAGUUUUAUCGCUAAAGAAAUUAAAACUUUCUGGACAAAUGUAGAAAAAUUGGUGGAAUAUAAGCAGCAAACGAGGCUUGAAGAAAAAAGAAAACAAGCACUAGACCAGCACUUAAAUUUUAUUGUGGGCCAAACAGAAAAAUAUUCAACGUGGUUAACUGAAGGACUUAAUAAAACUGAUGGUCCUCAAAGUAUACCAGCUUCUAUGAAUAGUUCACGCAUUUCUUCUCCAAUACCACCUGGCAAAUCUCAUUCUGAUGAGGAUUUUCAACCAAACCAAAGUUCAGAUGAUGAUGAAGAAACUAUAGCAAAAGCUGAAGAAGAACUGAAAUCUGUGACAAAUCAUAAAGAAGAAGUUGAAUUGUUAAAAAAAGAAUCGGAAUUACCCUUAGAAGAUCUUUUAAAAGAAUUACCACCUGAUUACUUAGAGAAUAGAAGUAAAAGUUUGUCACCUGCAUCAAAGGAAGUGGAAGAAGAGAAUGAAAAGACAGCGGAUGGAGAUAUGGAUUUUGUUGCCGCAUCAGAUGAAUCCUCAGAUGAGGAAGAAACUAUCAUGGAACAAGAAAAACUGGAAGAAAAUGCAGAUUAUAAACAAGAAUUAGACGAUCUCAAAGCCGAAAAUGAAAUGUCUAUUGAUGAACUUAUGGCUAAAUAUGGUAACAUAUCAGAUGUGCCAAUGGAUGUUGAACAAGAACCAAUUCAAGAAUCAGAUAAAGAAAGCACAAAGGAAGAAGAGAAUGAAGAAGAAUCUACAACUAACGAAAGUGAAAGUGAAGAAAGUGAUAAUGAAGUUGGAGAAGAGGAGUCUCAAACACAAACUGAUAAUGAAACUGAUAUUGGACUUAAAUCUCUGUUAGAAGAUAUAUCUAUGGAGAAAUCAUCAGAUGAUAAAACUGCAGAAUUGGAUCAUUCAGAUGCUCACAAUGAAAUGGAUAACGUAGCAGCAUUGGCAGAAAGUAUUCAACCUAAAGGAAAUACUUUACUUACAACUAGUGUUGUUACAAAAAUUCCAUUUUUAAAACAUCCUCUUCGAGAAUAUCAGCACAUAGGAUUGGAUUGGCUUGUUACAAUGUAUGAUAGAAAAUUAAAUGGCAUUUUGGCAGAUGAAAUGGGUUUGGGUAAAACCAUACAAACAAUUGCUUUACUUGCACAUUUAGCAUGUGAAAAAGGUAAUUGGGGUCCUCAUCUCAUAAUAGUACCAACAUCUGUAAUGCUCAACUGGGAAAUGGAAUGUAAAAAAUGGUGUCCAGGAUUUAAGAUAUUAACUUAUUAUGGAACACAAAAAGAAAGAAAACAAAAGAGAACAGGUUGGACAAAACCUAAUGCAUUUCAUAUUUGUAUAACAUCGUAUAAAUUAGUUAUACAAGAUCAUCAAAGUUUUAGAAGAAAAAAAUGGAAGUAUCUUAUAUUAGAUGAAGCUCAAAAUAUAAAAAAUUUCAAAUCACAAAGAUGGCAAUUAUUGUUGAAUUUUCAAACACAACGACGUUUAUUGCUUACUGGUACACCUCUCCAAAAUAAUUUGAUGGAAUUGUGGUCAUUAAUGCAUUUUUUAAUGCCAAAUGUAUUUCAAUCACACAGAGAAUUUAAAGAAUGGUUUAGUAAUCCUGUUACUGGAAUGAUAGAAGGGAACAGUGAAUAUAAUGAAAAUAUCAUUCGUCGUCUGCACAAGGUUUUACGGCCUUUUUUAUUGCGAAGAUUAAAAACAGAAGUAGAAAAACAAUUACCUAAAAAAUAUGAACAUGUUGUCAUGUGUCGUUUAUCAAAACGACAGAGAUAUCUGUAUGAUGAUUUUAUGUCUAGAGCAAAGACAAAAGAAACUCUGGCUAGCGGUAAUUUGUUAAGCGUUAUUAAUGUAUUAAUGCAAUUAAGAAAAGUAUGCAAUCAUCCAAAUUUAUUUGAAGUGAGACCUACUGUAUCACCAUUUCAAAUGGAAGCAAUUGAAUAUGUCACUGCUUCUUUGAUAUGGAGUGCUCUGGAUUAUGAUCCAUUUAAGCAUAUCGAUCUAUCUAGUGUUAAUCUUUUAUUAUGUGAUUUGGAAUUAACUCUUACUGCGUUCGUGGCGCAUAGAGUUAGGCGUUUACAAACGUCACGAAAACUUAUAGAAGAAAUAGACACACAAUCAGAUCCAUCUCCAAGAUGUCCAUCCGGAAAAAUUAAAAUUAAUGUUAGAUUAUCUAAUCAAGUUAAACCAUCUGUUCCACGACAGACCCAAGCAAAAUUAAAAAAUUUAGCCGGAAUUUUACCUACUCCAAAAGUUGGGACAUCUCCUUUAAUAAAGACUGCAAAUAAUCAAAGUACUCCAACACAAGGUGUCACAUUAAAAGUAGCAGGUGGUCAACAAUUGCAGGGAUAUUCUGUACAAUUAGUUCAACAUCAAGGUAGUGUAAAAGCAAUCCCUGUUGGAACAUUAGCACAUAACCCACAAAGUACAACAGUGACACCAACUACAGCAGCAACAAAUGCACAGAGGAUUACAGUAGGAAAUGCAAAUAUUAUAGAUGGAUUGCAACGACUAGCAACACAAACAGUUGCAGUUAAACAAGGUGAUUCCGUCCAAAGAAUAGCAAUGCCUAAUCUUGCACAGAUGGUUCAAACAUCUAUUGGUAGACAUAUCAUUCUGACUUCGAAUCAACAAAACACUAACACAGUUUCAUUUCCAGUAAUGACUCCGUGUGUACAACGUUUGAAAGUCUUACCAAAAUCUUUAAUGGGCCUAUCUACUACAGCAACUACUGUAAACAAAGUCAUAGGAGGUGUAGUGACAACUACAAGUGGAACAAGUGGAAGACCCGUAAUGAGAGUACCACCACUGAAUGUUACUGCUUCUCCUAAUAUUACUGCACAGUCUGCCGCUGGUAAUGGACAAUCUCAACAACAAUCAAUUCGUUCCGGUAUUGUUACUAGACACGCACAAAAAGAAUCAGAAAAGGCACAAACAAAAGAACGUCCAAAAUCCGAAUUUUAUUUGCCACAAUUAGAAGAAGAACGAAAACAAAGAAGGCAAGCUAAGCUUCGUCUGGUUGCAAAUAUUAAUGAAAGACGAUGUGCUGCGUGUCCUUUAUAUGGAGAAGAUUUGUUUAUGGCAUUAAGAAUUGGUAAACCAUCUACAGCAUGUAGAUGGCAUAAUGGUUGGGUUCACUGUGCAACUGCUAAAGAUAAUACACGUACACGAAGGCAAUUUUUUUCUCGCACAGAAGCACUUGCAGAAGCGAUUAAAAGUACAGAACAAAUUGUUGAAGAGCUUAAAGAAGUUUUUGAAAGGUUUGUUGUACAUGUUCCUGCUGUAUGUGCUCCUGCACCACGUUUUCAUGUUUCUCAUCCUCCUCCACAUAAAUUGUUUGGUCAACGACGUAUACAAAUGGAAUUACAACGUCAACUAUCGCCAAAAUUGGCAUUGUUCCAUCCAGUAGCUAGUGCAAUGAUGACGCAAUUCCCGGAUCCUAGAUUGAUACAAUAUGAUUGUGGAAAAUUACAAUCUUUACAUCAACUUCUUAGAAAACUUAAAUCUGAAAAUCAUAGAGUUUUAAUUUUUACACAAAUGACAAGAAUGUUGGAUGUAUUAGAAGCUUUUCUUAAUUUUCAUGGUCAUAUAUAUUUACGUUUAGAUGGUACUACUAAAGUAGAUCAGCGACAGGUUUUGAUGGAAAGAUUUAAUGGAGACAAACGAAUAUUUUGUUUCAUUUUGUCGACGAGAUCUGGAGGUGUCGGUGUAAAUCUUACAGGAGCAGAUACCGUUAUAUUUUAUGAUAGUGAUUGGAAUCCUACAAUGGAUGCCCAAGCACAAGAUAGAUGUCAUAGAAUAGGUCAAACUCGGGAUGUACAUAUCUACAGGUUAGUAAGUGAAAAAACUGUGGAAGAAAAUAUUCUGAAAAAGGCCAAUCAAAAAAGACUACUUGGAGAUUUAGCUAUUGAAGGAGGGAAUUUCACAACAGCUUACUUUAAAAGUUCUACAAUUCAAGAUCUUUUUAAUAUUGAUCAAUCGGAGAAUGAUGCAACAACCCGAAUGGCCGAAGUAUUGGAACAAAAUAGAGAUCGAGAGAAAUUUUUGCAAAAGGAUAAUCAAAGUCAAACUUUAGAGGAUAAGAUAGCAAUGGGUGCACUUGAAAGUGCUCUUGCUGCUGCUGAAGAAGAUCUCGAUGUUCAAGCUGCAAAGACUGCUAAAGCAGAGGCUGUUGCUGAUUUAGCAGAAUUUGAUGAAAAUAUACCUUUAGAUGAUGCAGAUAGGGAUGAUUUACAAGUUAGCAAGGCUGAACUUGAAGUACAAAAUUUAGUAUCUCAGUUGACGCCCAUAGAACGUUAUGCAAUGAAGUUUGUCGAGGAAUCGGAAGGUGCAUUUUCUGCGGCACAACUUGCAGCAGCAGAACGUGAACUCGAAGAACAAAAGAAAGAAUGGGAAUUAGAUCGAUUACGAGCGCUGCGUGAGGAAGAAGAAAGACGAAUGCGAUUAGCUGAUGAUGACGAGAAGCCGUUGACGUUUGGACGUGAGGAUGCGCAAAAUCAGAUAUGGUUAUCGGACGACAAUAUGGAGCAAAUGCCGAUGUGGUGUCCUCCCACACCUCCUACAACGGAUAAUGAUGUUUACAUCGACUAUUCUUUGGGAUUUCUUUAUGAAAAUACUCCUAUGUCGGAAGCACAAUUACCUCCGAUAUACAUUAAAAAAGAACAAAAGAGAAGUAGAAUUGAAGCCGGAAUUAAUGAUCGUGAUGGACGUCGAGCGGUUAAAAUGAGACAUAAAGAAGAAUCUGUUUACGCACCGAGAUCUUUAUUUGAUCGGCCUUCACCAGCACUUAUGAAAAUUCGCCGUGAUAUGAAAUUACAUAAAUACCGUAUAGUGCGGCCACCAAUUCCACUGCCGGGUAUAAAGCCUUCGCAUAUAUCGAAAUCUUCCGUGGACCAAGAACAUGUUUUAGAUUGGAUGAUACACGAGGAUUGGGCUUUACUUCAAGCAAUUCAAAUUUAUCAAGGACUGCCAUUAAAUUUGAUGAUUUUAUCUCCUGGCCACACUCCCAAUUGGGAUUUAGUUGCAGAUAUAGUAAACAAUACUUCUCGAAUAUAUAGAUCUCCUAAACAAUGUAGAAGCAGAUACGAAUCGGUAAUAGUACCAAGAGAAGAAGGAAAAUUACUUUACGAUACCACGCCGAAAAAGCAAAAGAAACAAAAAGGCGUUUACAAAAUGCCUCAGGUUUCCGAGCAACAAAGCAAAACAAACAGGCCAAUGAAAACGUCUCAGUUAUAUAAUCAGGAUAAAAAUCAUUCGUUUACAUUAAUGUGCUGUCAAAGAUUUGAUACCAUUAAAUCUGUUUCGAAUAAGAGAACACCUACUGUUAAACCGUUACUCGUUAAUCCAUUAAUGAAAAAUCCUACCAACGCUGCAGUUUUAGCUGAAUGUGGUAUUCAAUAUGAUAAUCCGUUAGCUCCUAUAGAAGUUGCAACACGACGCGCCGAUAGGAUUGCAAAAGAGAAACUUAAGCAUGCUGUUUUAACUGCGGAGCAACAACAACAAGUAGCCGCUCGUCUAUUGCAACAGCAACAACAACAACAGCAGCAGCAGCAACAACAGCAACAACAACAGCAGGUUCAGCAGCAGCAGCAGCAGCAGCAACAAUUAAGCCAACAACAACAACAAGCUCAACAAAAUAUUUCAAACACCACAAGUCCUCAAGUACAUCAAUUAACGCAAGUUGCAACCACUGUUACAACAGGAUUAACUACAAUGAAGACUAUUACUACAAUCACUAAUGUUACUACCGGUGGUACGACAGUUGCUACAUCAACAGUUAAAACUCGACCAGGAGGAACAUUAACUAUGCAAGAUGCACGGACAGCACCAACUGUUGUUAGUGUUGGUAAUCUUCAAGCUGCUCAAAGAAUUGCAACCGCAAGUUUAGUAUCCGCUGCCCAAAAUUCUCCUGCAGGUACACAAAAAAGUAUUGGAGUUACUGUGGCAACGCCUUCUGGUAGUAAGACAUUAACUGCUGCACAAUUGCAAUAUUAUCGGCAACAGCAAGUUCUAUUGCGACAGCAGCAACUAAAAGUAUUACAAGCACAAGCUGCUGCAAAUAGUCAAAAAGUAUCGGUAGCUGUUUCAGCUGCUGCUGCACAACAAAGAGCUACGUUGAUGAAACAAAAUAUAACUAGUGGCACUGUUGCACAAACUACUGUUGGAAAACAGACUGUAGCACGUGCAGUAUCAGAGACGGAAAUGGCUGCACUAAUAAAGCGACAAGCUUUGCAGCAACAAGCAAAAGCGGUAGCUCAAGUACAAGUACCUGCACAGACUGGACUUACUCCAGCUCAAAUAUUCGCACAGGCAGGUUUACAAGUACAACAUGCUGGAACAUCUACAAGUGGAACUCCAGUUGCUACCUUAGUAAAAACUGCAAAUGUACGUACAGCAACACCUCAACAAAUCCGUCAGCUCGCUCUUCAUCCUCAGAUUAUCCAUCAAAGAAAAUUGCCAGCACAAAAAGUUGCACAAUUAACGCAAGUUGCCGCAAAAACUGGUGUUCAAACUCAACUAAUUGUGCAACAAAAGUCAUUGCCUGCAACGAUGACUGUGCAACAAAUUCAACAAGUCAUGAAACAUGUUCAACCAUCUGCAAUGCAACAAUUUACACAUGUUUCUACAGGACAAACGGUCUCACAACCUGGUCAAGUAGUUUUAGCUAAAUCUCCGUUGCAGACAAGAGUAAUUCCAGUUGCAUCCGCUGCUUUAAAACAAACAAUUCAAGUUAUGACUGCAAGUAGUGCUCAAUUACGCCAAGCUACACCUGCUCAAGGUAAACCUGUUGUUACAACUGCAAGAGGUAGUCCCGGGCCUAGUCAAGUUAAAUUGCAAACUCUUGCACAUCCUAUUCAUCCUCAACAAGUACAACAACAACAGCAGCAACAGCAACAGCAACAACAACAACAACAACAGUCACAAACUCAACCAGAUGCUCAACCAAAGUAAGUAUGUUUUCAUCGGGUUUUCAUAUUUAUUAAAUGUUACAAAGUUUUUUCUAUUUUCAAUUUAUGUUCAUCAAGCGAAAUGAAAUCAAUAUGGAAUUCUCAUUUGAAAAAACAAAAAACAAAAAAAAAAAAUUAAAAAGAAAUUACAACAUUCCAAAAGAGAUUGCAAAUAAAAAGAGUAAUGAAAAUAAACUCUAAUCAAUUCGAUGUAGUAACUAUUUCGGUU